GCAAAUUUAAUUUACAUGUAAUUACUUAGUUAAUUUGCAGUGCUUAAACUAUGAAGUUGGAAUUUUUUAUUAUAAUUUUAAGUUCGAUAAAUAUCGCAUUUGGUCAAAAUAAAUAUGAAUUUGAAUUUACAGAAGAAGGCAUUUUUUCACCCUGCGAAAAUUAUCCAAAUAAUUAUCUUGAUCAACUGUUUGAUAUUACUAAUUUAAGUAUCAAACAAACUGAGGACGGGAGUGUGAUUCUAAAUGGUUAUGUUACAUUAACAACUACAGUGGUGAAGCCAUUGCCGGUAUAUUUUGAAUUAUUAAAAUUUGAACGGGGAACUUGGCAGCCUACCGUUUACAAUAUGAAGCGUGAAGAUGCAUGUACUUCUUUUUUUAACAAAGGAGAAAUGUGGUCUCCAUAUUUGGAAAAUACCCCAGAGGAAGAAUUAAUAUGUCCAUUUACUGCAGGUCAAAGAGUAGAUUUCGAUAUUAAAGAGCCAACUUUUGUGACACUACCAACUCGUAGCGAAGGAGAAUACAAAAUCCAUGGUAUAGCUGGAUCUGAAAAUGAUGAUUUAUUUUUUUGUGUAGAAGUUUUUGCAAAGCUUCAUAAAGUGUAACACGUAAAGCAAGACCUAAUAUUGCAUAUCUAAUGAAAAUUAUUUAAAAAACCUUUUCAACGAUUUUUAAAUAAUGGAUUUUUUUUUAAAUAAAACUCCCAAAUCAUA